GGAAAUGUAGUCCAGGAGCUCCGACUAGUUGGAGGUAUUUCCGCUUUAGGAGGUUGCGAUUGCAGACUUCGGUUCUCACGGGAGCAGCAGAGAUACAAGAUCUAGAAGACUAGCUCCUUUGUGAGAGUGGAUUCAGGUUCCUCCUGCCUCUGGACCUCACCGAGCCUCGGCUUCCUCGUCUGUUACGUGGGAACAGCAGUCGUGAUCAUCAUCAUUUAUUGAGAACUUUCUAAAAUGCCAGCUGAGGAGAGGCACAGAGGUGGAGGUGAUCAGACCAGCGUCACACCACUUGUAGGACACUAGAUUCUUCACAGGCCUUCCCAAGACUCAGCAAUUCCCGAGGAGGAGGACAAAAUGUCCAAGUUCAAGUUGUUACCCUUCCUCCAGGGACAUUUGUUGCAAGAAUCAGGAGUGUGAUUGAUGUUGUAGGAGGCAGUGACCUUCAACGAUGUGGCCGUGGUCUUCACAGAGGAGGAGAUGGGGCUGCUGGACUUGGCCCAGAGGAAGCUGUACCAGGAAGUGAUGCUGGAGAACUUCCGGAACCUGCUUUCAGUGGGACAUCAAUCCUUCACACCAGAUGUACCAUCCCAGUUAGAAAGAGAAGAAAAGCUGCAAAUGAUAAAGACAGCAGCCCAGAGCUGUUGUUCCUCAGGAAAUCAGAAUCUAAAUGGCAUAGAGACUCUUCGAGAAGUUGGAUUAAGGUAUCUGUCCCACGAAGAGUUUUUCUGCUCAAAAAUCUGGCUACAGGUUACAGAGGAAUUAACCAGGUGUCGAGAUUCCAUGGGAAUUAUUCAAGGAAUUGGCUCUCAAUUGGAAAAACAAGAUAACACACUCUACAAAGAUGAGUUCAGUAAAGACUUCACUCAGAGUUCACAUCUUCAAGUUCAGCACAGAGACUACACUGGAGGAAAACCAUAUAAAGGGGUGGAGUGUGGGAAGGAUUUCACAUGGGGCUCUCACCUUCAAAUGGACCAGACAGCCUCCACAGGAGAGAAGCCCUAUAAAUGUGAAAAAUGUGAAAACACCUUCCGUCGGUUUUCAAGUCUUCAAGCCCAUCAGAGAGUCCACAGUAGAGCAAAACUGAACAAUCAUGAUAUGUCACAUAAAGGUUUUAGUCAGAGGUCGUAUCUUCAUCAACAUCAAACAGUCCCCGCUGGAGAGAAUCCACACAGGUUAGAGGAGUGUGGCAGGAACAUCAGAAAAAGCUCACAUUUUCAGUCUCCUCUGAUAGCCCACCCAUUGGAGAAACCCUAUAAAUGUGAGGAAUGUGGGCUAGGCUUCAGUAAGCGCUCCUAUCUCCAUGUCCAUCAGAGAGUUCACACGGAAAAGAAACUUUAUCCAUGUGAAGAUCUUAAUGUUCAUUGUGGAAUCCACACAGGAGAGAAGCCCUAUAAAUGUGAGAAGUGUGGGAAAGGCUUUGGCUGGGCCUCAAGUCUUCUGGACCAUCAGAGAGGCCAUAGUGGUGAGAAACCCUAUCAAUGCGAUGCAUGCGGAAAGGGCUUUAGUCGUGGCUCAGAUCUUAACAUUCACUUUAGAAUCCAUACAGGAGAGAGACCUUAUAAAUGUGAGGAGUGUGGGAAAGGUUUCAGGCAGGCCUCGCAUAUUCUGGCCCAUCAGAGAGGCCACACUGGAGAAAAACCGUACAAAUGUGGUACAUGUGGGAAGGGCUUCAGCCGGAAUUCACAUCUUAACGUUCAUUCUCGAAUCCACACAGGAGAGAAGCCCCAUAAAUGUGAGAUGUGUGGGAAGGCCUUCAGUCAGUUCUCAAGCCUUCAAGUGCAUCAGAGAGUCCACACUGGAGAGAAACCAUAUCAGUGUGCAGUGUGUGGGAAAGGCUUCAGUGUGGGCUCACAGCUGCAGGCCCAUCAGAGGUGCCAUACUGGAGAGAAACCCUACCACUGUGAGGAGUGUGGGAAAGGCUUCUGUCGGGCCUCAAAAUUUCUGGCUCACCGUGGAGUCCACACAGGAGAGAAACCAUACCAAUGUGAUGUGUGUGGUAAGCGCUUCAGACAGAGAUCAUACCUUCAAGCCCACCAGAGGGUUCACACUGGAGAGAAACCAUAUAAGUGUGAGGAGUGUGGUAAGGUCUUUAGUUGGAGCUCCAAUCUUACAAUUCAUCAGCGACUCCAUGCUGGGGAUGAGAGUGAUAGGGACUUUGCCUCAUCAGAGAAUACAUACAGCAAAGAAUCUCUAUAAAAUUGCAUGUGUUAAUAUCUCACAUGCGUGCUGAAAUAGUCCUGUCAUAGAAAACAAAACAUUUAUCUCCUUGAGAACUUGCAAAGUGUCAUGGUGGUUGGGUGACCACACAGCAGAGAAGUCUCAUGAGUGUAGAGACAGAGAGCUUCAUUCAUAACCUUCACAUUUAGCAGAUAACUACACGGAUGUGAGGCGUGGGAAGGAUGGAUCUGAUCUGGAGGGAACGAAAUGUACUGAGACACAAAUGCUCAAAUCUCUUCCACUAGAACAGAAGCUCCCGGAAGGCAUGGACUUUGUUUCCAGCAAGUCCACUUUGCCUUUUCAAUGCCUACCACACUGCAGGUGUCGAGCAAUGUUAAAUGAGUGAAAGGGAGAACAGUCACUUUUGAAAUUUUUAUUCAGUUCCUCUCUAAAAUUUUCUAUAAACUUGUAAACAGAGGAAUUUCCCAAGGAUUGGAGGAUUACAUUAGACACUUGGGAUCAUCUUCCCAACCCUGCAGGUCUUGUGAACUAGUGCUUAUCAAACUGAAGGUGAUAACCUAUUAGUGAGUCCAGAAUCACCAGGUUGUGUAUGGCCAGCAAUUUUGUAUUUUAACAGUUCCUUAUUGAGAUGUAAUUUGCAUGCAAGCACAUGCAUAAAUCUCACGUUUACAGCUUCAUGAAUUUUGACAAAUGUAUCUACUUGUGUAAUCACGAAAAUCAAUAUAUUCCACAUUUCUAUUAAACCUGAAUGUUUCCUUGUGUACCAUUCUUGUCAGUUCCGCCUCCAGUGGCAGCAAGUAUGAUAAUUUCUAUAUGGUGUAUUAACUAGAUCUGUCUGACGAUACUUGUGUAUCAACACAGGUUUCCUUUAUUUUGGUAAAUACUUAGGAAUGGGAUUGUUGGGUUGUAAGAGUGUCUAAAUUUGUGGAAAACAGGUGUUAUCUAAAGUGGAUAUGUCAUUUUGCACUCCCACCACCAGUGCAUAUCAAGGUUUUAUUUUUUAGCAUUUCAGUAGUUUUAUUGUGGUUUCUCAUAUUGGUCUUAAUUUACAUUUCCCUAAUGACUAAAAAGCCACUUGAUGAAAGUGAAAGAGGAGAGUGAAAAAGUUGGCUUAAAGCUCAACGUUCAGAAAACUAAGAUCAUGGCAUCUGGUCCCAUCACUUCAUGGGAAAUCGAUGGGGAAACAGUGUCAGACUUUAUUUUUUAGGCUCCAAAAUCACUGCAGAUGGUGAUUGCAGCCAUGAAAUUAAAAGACGCUUACUCUUUGGAAGGAAAGUUAUGACCAACCUAGAUAGAACAUUAAAAAGCAGAGACAUUACUUUGCCAACAAAGGUCCAUCUGGUCAAGGCUAUGGUUUUUCCCGUGGUCAUUGUACGGAUGUGAGAGUUGGACUGUGAAGAAAGCUGAGCGCCGAAAAGUUAAUGCUUUUGAACCGUGGUGUUGGAGAAGACACUUGAGGGUCCCUUGGACUGCAAGGACAUCCAACCAGUUCAUCCUAAAGGAGAUCAGUCCUGGGUGUUCACUGGAAGGACUGAUGCUGAAGCUGAAACUCCAAUACUUUGGCCACCUCAUGCAAAGAGAGUUGACUCAUUGGAAAAGACCCUGGUGCUGGGAGGGAUUGGGGGCAGGAGGAGAAGGGGACGACAGAGGAUGAGAUGGGUGGAUGGCAUCACCGACUCGAUGGACAUGAGUUUGAGUAGACUCCAGGAGUUGAUGAUGGACAUGGAGGCCUGGCGUGCUGCGAUUCAUGGGGUCGCAAAAAGUCGGACACGACUGAGUGACUGAACUGAACUGAAUGACUAAGUUGAACAUCUUUAUACAUGAAAGUUUCAUAACCAUAGACCUAUUUUCUUUGGUGAACUGUUUUCUUGUUCUUUAUUUUUGAGUUCUUUAUAUGUUCUGGACACUUGUCCUUUGUCAGUUUUGUGUUUUGCAGAUAUUUUGUCACUGUGGUUUUUGUUUUUGCCCCAUUAGCAGUAUUUUUUACAGAACAUUUAAGUUUUUAAAAUUUUUUAUGAACUUCA